UAUAUAUUUCCGUAUGAAUAAUAAUGAUAAGACAGACAUCAAAAUAGAGAGAAGGUACCUGAUAAUAUCAAUAAAGUUAAAUGCCAUCUGCUUAACCAAAGAAAGUAUUGGUGAAGAAACCAUCAACAAAUGUUGAAAAAUAGGAAAAAACAUAAGAAUAAUCAAUUAAGCAUUAAGAGAUUUUGGAUGAUCGUCUUAAACAAAAACAAUAAUAAUAUGAAGAAGCAAAAGCAAGGAUACUCUAAAAUUAAACACUCAUAAGAAAUUAGCAAAAAUACAAUUAAGAAUUUCCUGAACUGCCAAAAUGAGGCAAUACAAUAUAAAUAAAUAAAUCGAUAUAAAUGGUC